AUGGCUGCCCCGGCCUGGGCCUUGCCCCUGCUGAUGCUGUUACUGGGGCCUGCUGAGGGCCAGGGACAUCAGCCCGCUCCUGUCCGGAGAGAGAAGCCCCUGGAUGGGAGCGUCAGAAUCCACCACUCGCUGGGCAGAUCCACGCUUGCGCAGUGCGAUUUUGAGGAUGACGCCGACCCCCUCUGUGGCUGGACCCAAAUGCCCGGAGACGACGGGGAUUGGACUCGGACUGACGGUCACACCCCUACCGAGAGCACUGGUCCCCCUGGGGGCUACCCCAACGGAGAGGGAUAUUACUUGCACAUGGAAGCUGGAGAGUUCUCCAAAGGAGGGAUGACUCAACUGCUAAGUCCCCCGCUCUCAGAGUCUGGCCCAGUGUGCGUGGAGUUUGCUUACCACAUGUUUGGACUGCCUGAUUCGUCCCAGGGUUUCCAGCUCAAGCUUCUCCUGAAGGGGCCCGGCAGCGGCCCCCCGACUCUUCUCUGGAACCGUACCGCCUCCCAGAGCCCCUCCUGGCUCCGGGCUGCCAUCACGGUCACCCCCGCGUACCCCCGGCCUAUGGAGCUGAUAUUUGAGGCGGUGAGAGGAAAUACCCCCUACUUGGAUAUCGCCCUGGACUCUGUGUCCAUCCAUUCCGGAUCCUGUGAGGCUUGUUCUUUCAGCUCCUGUGACUUCGACUCCCGUGGCGACCUGUGUGGCUGGAGCCGAAUUUCCGAAUCCCGGGACGCCAACUGGAACCAGCGGACGGGAUCGGUGGCAGGGGGGCCUGCAGACGAUUUCUCCAAACCCGGCAACGGCUACUACAUGCUCCUGGACCCCAAGAAUGCUUCACCUGGAGCAAAGGCCUACUUGAUGAGCCCCCUGACCCAGACCGGCAGCUGUCUGAGUCUCUCUUUCCAUUACUUCCUCCAUGACCCCUCCCCUGGUGCCGUCCUGCAAGUCUACACCCUAGUCCCAGGGGGUUCCUUGGGACCGACGCUCUUCUCGGGGCAGCCGGGUUCCGGCUGGCAGCCUGCUAACAUCAGUUACACGGGCAGUGGAGAAGUCCAGUUUGUUAUUCAAGGUGUGUUUGGCGAGACCCCUGGGCCAGCUGUGGCUGUGGACGCUGUGAGCAUCACCCCCUGUGGAGAUAUCUACCAGCAGUGUGACUUUGAGGACAACGCUCGGCCUUUCUGCGACUGGUCCCAGUCUUCGGGAGAUAACGGAGACUGGAUCCGGACCACCGGACCCACCCAUUCUCCGGGCACCGGCCCGGAGGGAGGCUACCCCGACGGAGAGGGUCACUACAUCUACUUGGAAGCGGGCAACUUCUCCAAGGAGGGGCAGCUCAUCCGGCUGGAGAGCCGCCCCAUCUGCACCCCCGGGGCCAUCUGCGUGGGUUUCGCCUACCACAUGUACGGGAUGGGCGAGAGAGCCCAGCUCCGCCUCCUGCUGCAGAGCUCCGCUGGGGACCUCCCGACCCCGCUCUGGAACCGCUCCGGCAUCCAAAGCAGCGCCUGGCUCUAUGCCAACGUCACCGUUCCCUCCGGAUACCCCCAGCCCAUGCAGCUCUUGCUCGAGGCUGUGAGGGGCAACACCGCCUUCAUGGACAUCGCCGUGGAUUCCAUCUCGGUCCAGCCGGGACCCUGCCUAGAAUGCCUGAACAAGUGUGACUUCGACGCCGUGGACGACCUGUGCGGCUGGAAGGCCAACCCCUCGCCCAGCGGGGCCGAGUGGAUUCAGUGGUCCGGGCCGACUGAUGAGCCGGGGGUGGGGCCGGAGGAUGACUUCUCCAAACCGGGCUUGGGCUACUUCAUGCUUCUGGAUUCUUUCGAUGCCAAACCUGGAGAGAAAGCCACCUUGCUGAGCCCUUCAGUUCCAUCUCCCGGUUGCCUGAGCCUCUCUUUCCACUACAUCUUCCGUGGCAAGUCACCCGGCUCUGCAAUGCACGUCUACGCUGGAGCCUCCGGUGCCGCUCUGGGAUCGCCCCUGCUCACCCUGACCCCCAGCACUGGGGCGGAGUGGACGGCUGUCACCGUCAACUUUGAAGCCAGCGGGGACAUCCAGUUUGUCCUGGAAGGGGUGUUCGGAAAUCCACCGGAGCCGUCUAUGGCCGUCGAUCAAGUCUGCGUGAUUGGCUGUCAGGAAACCGGGCCCACAGCUAAGCCCCCCGGCCCCACGGACCCCACCAGGCCCACCGGCCCCACGGACCCCACGGCCGACCCUCCCGGCACCAGCACCCCCACAGCCAAGCCCCCCGGUCCCACGGACCCUACUUCCAAGCCCCCCGGCCCCACGGACCCCACCAGACCCACCGGCCCCACGGACCCUUCAACCAAGCCCCCCGGCCCCACGGACCCCACCAGGCCCACUGGCCCCACAGACCCCUCAACCGAGCCCCCCAGCCCAACGGACCCCACGUCCAGGCCCACCGGCCCUACGGACCCCACUAGGCCGACCGGUCCCACGGACCCUUCAACCAAGCCCCCCGGCCCCACGGACCCCACCAGGCCCACUGGCCCCACAGACCCCUCAACCGAGUCCCCCAGCCCAACGGACCCCACGUCCAGGCCCACCGGCCCUACGGACCCCACCGGGCCGACCGGUCCCACGGACCCUUCAACCAAGCCCACCGGCCCUACGGACCCCACGGCCAACCCUCCCGGCACCAGCCCCCCCACAUCCAAGCCCCCCGGUCCCACGGAGCCCACACCCAGGCCCCCCGGUCCCACUGACCCCACGUCCAGGCCCACCGGCCCUACGGACCCCACCGGGCCGACCGGCCCCACGGACCCUUCAACCGAGCCCACCGGCCCUACGGAUCCCACGGACAACCCUCCCUGCACCAGCACCCCCACAGCCAAGCCCCCCGGCCCCACGGACCCUUCAACCGAGCCCCCCACUCCCACGGAUCCCACACCCGAUGUGACGACUUCACAAACUCCCACUGCCAGCACCACUCCCAGCCCCAUCACGGGCAGCACGCCAGCCCCAGGAUCGUGCCCCCCGAACUCUCACUACGAUCUGUGCGUCUCGAGCUGCCCCCCGACGUGUGAGGACCGCAGCCCCGACUGCGACCUCCCCUGCCAGCCCGGCUGCGCCUGCAACCCCGGCUACGUGGUCAGCGGCUCCCGCUGCGUCAGCGUCUCCUCCUGCGGCUGCUCCCGAGGAGGACACUACUACAAGCCCGGAGAGGUGAUCUUCUCGGAGACGUGCGACGAGAUGUGCCAGUGCCUGGGAGACAACCGGACCCAGUGUUUCCCCACCGCCUGCCGGCCCGGAGAGAUCUGCAUCAGCCAGAGCACGGGGGUCCAGGGAUGCUUCCCUGAAGAGUCGGGCACCUGCGUGGCCACGGGCGACCCCCACUUCACCACCUUCGACAAGAGGAAGUUCGACUUCAUGGGCAACUGUAGCUACGUCCUGGCGGCCACCUGCAACGCCACGGGCUCCGGCCCGGCCUUCCAUGUGGUCGCCGACCUGGAGCGUCGUUACGGCAACCAGAGGGUCUCCUACGUCCGCGCGCUGCACGUGGACCUGCUGUGGCUCCGUGUCUCCCUGCUGCGGAACCGUGUGGUCCGGGUGAACGGCUCCAGGGUGACCCCGCCCAGCAACCUCGGUUCCGGAGUGACCGUGUCCGUGUCCGGCCGCUUCGUCACGGUGGCCUCCGGCUCUGACCUGGAGGUCCGCUACGACGGGGAGCACCACGCCGAAGUCCGCGUGUCCCGCAGGUACCGUGAGCAGAUGUGCGGCCUCUGCGGAGACUUCGACGGAGACGGCACCGACGACUUGCAGUUGUCCAACGGGACCCUGGCCCCCGGCCCCGGCCCCUUUGGAGACAGCUGGGUCACCGACAGCAACUGCAGCUCCCCGGUCCCACCCCCCGCCCCGCCCUGCCCCGAGGAGCAAGUGGAGAACUACGAGAGCUCCUGGUUCUGUGGCAUCCUGACCAACCCCCAGGGACCCUUCGCCUCCUGCCACCCCUUCAUCAACCCCACGACAUUCGCCAAGGACUGCGUGUUUGACCUGUGCGAGACGGACGGAGACCCCGGCCAGUUGUGCCGCUCCCUGGAGGCCUACGCUGCCGCGUGCCAGGCCGCGGGGAUCUCCCUCGGGCCCUGGAGGGACCAGACCCGCUGCCCCCUCGUGUGCCCUCUGAACAGUCACUACGAGGCCUGCGGUACUCGCUGCCCAGGCUCCUGUGCCAACGGCGGGGCCUCGUCCUGCUCGGGGGGCUGUGUGGAGGGCUGCCAGUGUGACCCUGGUUUCCUGCUGAGCGGAACCACCUGUGUACCCCGAACCCAGUGUGGCUGCACUGUCAACGGGCAGUAUUACAAGCCCCAGGAAGAGUGGUACGGCUCGGGCUGCGAGGAGAGGUGCCGCUGCCUGGGCGGGAACCACACGGAGUGCCGGGAAUGGCAGUGUGGGCCGCAGGAAGUCUGCCAGCUCCAGGACGGGCACUAUGGCUGCCACUCCAGCGGCUCGGCCUCCUGCUCCAUCUCCGGAGACCCCCACUACCACUCCUUCGACGGCCGACGAUUCAGCUACAUGGGGACGUGCACCUACAUCCUGACUCAGCCCUGCAACGACUCCUCGGACCGGAUGUUCAGCGUGGCCGCCAAGAACGAGGAGCGGGGCCAGCGGGGCGUCUCCUACCUGAGCAAGGUCUACGUGAGGGUCCCGGGAGCCAACGUGACCCUCCUCAAGAGCCAACGGACCCUGGUUGGGGACCAGCGGGUGACCCUCCCGUCCGAGCCGGCCCCGGGCGUCUCCCUGGCCCAGAGCGGCCGCUUCGUGGAGCUGCAGACGGCCUUUGGGUUGCGGGUCCGCUGGGAUGGGAACAACCAGCUGGACAUCACCGUGCCCAGCUCCCUCUCCGGCCAGCUGUGCGGACUGUGUGGCGACUACGACGGGGACGGCGGCAACGACAACCGGAAGCCGGACGGCAGCGCGGCCGCGGACGAGGACGAGUUCGGUGACAGCUGGCAGACCUCAGGGGACGAGGAUGAGGAGUGUCGGAACAACCAGACGGCGCCCCCGACUUGCGACCCGGCCCUGCAGGAGAGUCUGAAGGGACCCGAGUACUGCGGGCGGCUCACCGACCCCAAAGGAACCUUCAGAGCCUGCCUGCCUCACCUGAACGCCUCCUCCUACUUCGAGAACUGCAUGUUCGACAUGUGCAGCUACCAGGGGCUGCAGCAGACGCUGUGCGACCAGCUGGCCGCCCUGACCGAGGCCUGCCAGGCCGCCGGGUUUCCCGUGGAGCCCUGGAGGGGACCCCAAUUCUGCCCCCUGUUCUGCCCCGCGGGCAGCCACUACGCCCUGUGCGCCGACCCCUGCCCGGCAACAUGCCACCGGGGCUUCUCGCUCCCGUCCUGCCCCUCCCGCUGCACCGAGGGCUGCGAGUGCGACCCCGGCUUCGUCCUCAGCGGCUCCCGCUGCGUCCCCACCGCCCAGUGUGGUUGCCUGGACCCUUCUGGAGCUUACCACGAGGCUGGAGAGCAGUGGUUUGGACCGGACUGCCAGGAGCGGUGUACCUGCGAGGGGCUGGACAACAUCCGCUGUGAGCCCGGAGCCUGUGGGGCCCAGGAGAGCUGUGGGCUCCAGGACGGCGUGCUCGGCUGCCACCCGCAGGGCUCGGCCACCUGCAGCGCCUCGGGCGACCCCCACUACCUGACGUUCGACCAAGCCCUGCACCACUUCAUGGGCACGUGCACCUACACCCUGGCCCAGUCCUGCGGCGGCCCCGGCGGGCGCGAGAACUUCACGGUCACCGCGUCCAACGAGCGGCGCGGCGGCCAAGUCCACGUCUCCUACGUCCGGGCCGUCCAUGUCCACGUCUUCGGCCUCAGCGUCUCCCUUCUCAAGGGGCGCCGGGUCACGCUGGACGGGCUCCGGGUGGGACUGCCGCUGUCGGCCGCGGAGGGCCGGCUGUACGUGGGGCUCGGCGGCUCCUUCGUCCUCCUGCGCACCGACUUCGGGCUGCGGGUCCGCUACGACGGGACCCACUUCGUGGACGUCACGGUGCCCUCCUCCUACUCCGGCCAGCUGUGCGGCCUGUGCGGCAACUACAACAGCGACAGCUCCGAUGACAACAUGCUCCCCGACGGGACCCCCGCCGACAGCUCUGCCCAACUCGGGGAGGGCUGGCUGGUGCCCGACCCCAGCGAUCCUCAAUGCUCUCCGGAUGGUGGCGAACCCCCCAACUGCCCGGAUGACGACCAGGCCGACCGGUGGAAGGCCAACUGUGCCAUCCUGAAGGACCCCAACGGCCCCUUCGCCCACUGCCACGGACUGGUCCCCGUGGACGGCAGCCUGGCCAGCUGCGUGUACGACCAGUGUGGGACGCAGGGAGACGCCCCCACGCUCUGCCGCUCCCUGCAGGCCUACGCCGCUCUCUGUGCCCAGGCCGGCCUGCCCCUCGCCUGGAGGAACCAGACCUUCUGCCCUCUGAACUGCCCGCCCGGCAGUCGCUACAGCCACUGCUCCAGCCCCUGCCCGGCCAGCUGCCCCGGACUAUCGUCCCCCGGGGACUGCCCCUCCGGCCUGCCCUGCUCCGAGGGCUGCGAGUGUGAACCGGGCCACGUGCUGAGCGGCGACGCCUGCGUCCCCCUGAGCAACUGCGGCUGCUCCGACCCCGACGGAGGCUACCAUCCGGUGGGCGACAGUUGGUACACAAACAGCAACUGCUCCGAGCUCUGCUCCUGCUCCGGCCCCAACGCCGUGACCUGCCGGGACUCCAGCUGCGGCCCAACCCAGGUCUGCCGGCCCCAGGACGGGCUCCUCGGCUGCCACGACGACGAAUCCUGCCCCCCGAACUCUCACUACGAUCCGUGCGUCUCGGGCUGCCCCCCGACGUGUGAGGACCGCAGCCCCGACUGCCAGCUCCCCUGUCAUCCCGGCUGCGCCUGCGACCCCGGCUACGUGGCCAGAGGCUCCCGCUGCGUCAGCGUCUCCUCCUGCGGCUGCUCCCGAGGAGGACACUACUACAAGCCCGGAGAGGUGAUCUUCUCGGAGACGUGCGACGAGAUGUGCCAGUGCCUGGGAGACAACCGGACCCAAUGUUUCCCCACCACCUGCCCGCCCGGAGAGAUCUGCAUCAGCCAGAGCACGGGGGUUCAGGGAUGCUUCCCUGAAGAGUCGGGCACCUGCGUGGCCACGGGCGACCCCCACUUCACCACCUUCGACAAGAGGAAGUUCGACUUCAUGGGCAACUGUAGCUACGUCCUGGCGGCCACCUGCAACUCCACGGGCUCCGGCCCGGCCUUCCAUGUGGUCGCCGACCUGGAGCGUCGUUACGGCAAUCAGAGGGUCUCCUACGUCCGCGCGCUGCACGUGGACCUGCUGUGGCUCCGUGUCUCCCUGCUGCGGAACCGUGUGGUCCAGGUGAACGGCUCCACGGUGACCCCGCCCAGCAGCCUCGGAUCCGGAGUGACCGUGUCCGUGUUCGGCCGCUUCGUCGUGGUGGCCUUCGACUCUGACCUGGAGGUCCGCUAUGACGGAGAUCACCACGCCGAAGUCCGCGUGUCCCGCAGGUACCGAGAGCAGAUGUGCGGCCUCUGCGGAGACUUCGACGGAGACGGCACCGACGACUUGCAGUUGUCCAACGGGACCCUGGCCCCCGGCCCCGGCCCCUUUGGAGACAGCUGGGCCACCGACAGCAACUGCAGCUCCCCGGUCCCGCCCCCCACCCGGCCCUGCCCUGAGGAACAGGUGGAGAGUUACGAGGGUGCCACGUUCUGCGGCAUCCUGACCAGCCCCCAGGGACCCUUCAAGGCCUGCCACAGCCGCAUCAACCCCUCAACCUUUGCCAAGGACUGCGUGUUUGACCUGUGCGAGACGGACGGAGACCCCGGCCAGCUGUGCCGCUCCCUGGAGGCCUACGCUGCCGCGUGCCAGGCCGCGGGGAUCUCCCUCGGGCCCUGGAGGGAUCAGACCCGCUGCCCCCUCGUGUGCCCUCUGAACAGUCACUACGAGGCCUGCGGUACUCGCUGCCCAGGCUCCUGUGCCAACGGCGGGGCCUCGUCCUGCUCGGGGGGCUGUGUGGAGGGCUGCCAGUGUGACCCUGGUUUCCUGCUGAGCGGAACCACCUGUGUACCCCAAACCCAGUGUGGCUGCACUGUCAACGGGCAGUAUUACAAGCCCCAGGAAGAGUGGUACGGCUCGGGCUGCGAGAAGAGGUGCCGCUGCCUGGGCGGGAACCACACGGAGUGCCGGGAAUGGCAGUGUGGGCCGCAGGAGGUCUGCCAGCUCCAGGACGGGCACUAUGGCUGCCACUCCAGCGGCUCGGCCUCCUGCUCCAUCUCCGGAGACCCCCACUACCACUCCUUCGACGGCCGACGAUUCAGCUACAUGGGGACGUGCACCUACAUCCUGACUCAGCCCUGCAACGGCUUCUCGGACCCGAUGUUCAGCGUGGCCGCCAAGAACGAGGAGCGGGGACAGCGGGGCGUCUCCUACCUGAGCAAGGUCUACGUGAGGGUCCCGGGAGCCAACGUGACCCUCCUCAAGAACCAACGGACCUUGGUGGGGGGCCAGCGGGUGACCCUCCCGUCCGAACCUGCCCGGGGCAUCACCCUGGCCCAGAGCGGCCGCUUCGUGGAGCUGCGGACGGCCUUUGGGCUGCGGGUCCGCUGGGACGGGAACCACCAGCUGGACGUGACUAUGCCCAGCUCCCUCUCCGGCCAGCUGUGCGGACUGUGUGGCGACUACGACGGGGACGGCGGCAACGACAACCGGAAGCCGGACGGCAGCGCGGCCGAGGACGAGGAUGAGUUCGGUGACAGCUGGCAGACCACAGGAGACGAGGAUGAGGAGUGUCGGAACAACCAGACGGCGCCCCCGACCUGCGACCCGGCCCUGCAGGAGAGUCUGAAGGGACCCGAGUACUGCGGGCGGCUCACCGACCCCGAAGGAACCUUCAGAGCCUGCCUGCCUCACCUGAACGCCUCCUCCUACUUCGAGAACUGCAUGUUCGACAUGUGCAGCUACCAGGGGCUGCAGCAGACGCUGUGCGACCAGCUGGCCGCCCUGACCGAGGCCUGCCAGGCCGCCGGGUUUCCCGUGGAGCCCUGGAGGGGACCCCAAUUCUGCCCCCUGUUCUGCCCCACGGGCAGCCACUACGCCCUGUGUGCCGACCCCUGCCCGGUCACGUGCCACCGAGGCUUCUCGCUCCCGUCCUGCCCGUCCCGCUGCGCCGAGGGCUGCGAGUGCGACCCCGGCUUCGUCCUCAGUGGCUCCCUCUGCGUCCCCACCGCUCAGUGCGGCUGCCUGGACCCCGCCGGAGCCUACCACGAGGCCGGAGAGCAGUGGUUCGGACCGGACUGCCGGGAGCGGUGUAUCUGCGAGGGACUGGACAACGUCCGCUGUGAGCCCAGCGCCUGUGGGGCCCAGGAGAGCUGCGGCCUGCAGGACGGCGUGUUCGGCUGCCACCCGCAGGGCUCGGCCACCUGCAGCGCCUCGGGCGACCCCCACUACCUGACGUUCGACCAAGCCCUGCACCACUUCAUGGGCACGUGCACCUACACCCUGGCCCAGCCCUGCGGCGGCCCUGGCGGGCGCGAGAACUUCACGGUCACUGCGUCCAACGAGCGGCGCGGCGGCCAAGUCCACGUCUCCUACGUCCGGGCCGUCCACGUCCACGUCUUCAGCCUCAGCGUCUCCCUGCUCAAGGGGCGCCGGGUCACGCUGGACGGGCUCCGGGUGGGACUGCCGCUGUCGGCCGCCGGAGGGCCGCUGUACGUGGGCAUCAGCGGCUCCUUCGUCCUCCUGAGCACCGACUUCGGGCUGCGGGUCCGCUAAAACGACGGGACCCACUUCGUGGACGUCACGGUGCCCUCCUCCUACUCCGGCCAGCUGUGCGGCCUGUGCGGCAACUACAACAGCGACAGCUCCGAUGACAACCUGCUCCCCGACGGGACCCCCGCCGACAGCUCCGCCCAACUCGGGGAGGGCUGGCUGGUGCCCGACCCCAGCGAUCCUCAAUGCUCCCCGGAUGGUGGCGAACCCCCCAACUGCCCGGAUGACGACCAGGCCGACCGGUGGAAGGCCAACUGUGCCAUCCUGAAGGACCCCAACGGCCCCUUCGCCCACUGCCACGGACUGGUCCCCGUGGACGGCAGCCUGGCCAGCUGCGUGUACGACCAGUGCGGGACGCAGGGAGACGUCCCCACGCUCUGCCGCUCCCUGCAGGCCUACGCCGCGCUCUGUACCCAGGCUGGCCUGCCCUUCUCCUGGAGGAACCAGACCUUCUGCCCUCUGAACUGCCCGCCCGGCAGCCGCUACAGCCUCUGCGCCAGCCCCUGCCCGGCCAGCUGUCCCAGCCUAUCGUCCCCCGGGAACUGCCCCUCAAGCCUGCCCUGCUCCGAGGGUUGCGUGUGUGAGCCGGGCCACGUGCUGAGCGGCGACGCCUGCGUCCCCCUGAGCCGCUGUGGCUGUUUCGACCUUGACGGCGGCUACCAUGCGGUGGGCGACAGUUGGUACACAAACAGCAACUGCUCCAAGCUCUGCUCCUGCUCUGGCCCCAACAUGGUGACCUGCCGGGACUCCGGCUGCGGCCCAACCCAGGUCUGCCGGCCCCAGGACGGGCUCUUCGGCUGCCACGACAAUGCCAUCGCCGUAUGCCACGUCUCGGGGGAUCCCCACUACCUGAGCUUCGACGGCACGUACCACACCUUCAUGGGCACCUGCACCUACACCCUGGUGUCUCUGUGCCAGCCGGGCUCGGGACUGGUGCCCUUCAACGUCUCAGCGAAGAACGAGGAGCGUGGGGGCCGGGCCCAGGCCUCCUACCUCCGCCUGGUCUACGUGGACGUCUACGGCGCCCGCGUCACCCUGCAGAAGGGCCGGCGGGUCCUGAUCAACGAGGAACGGGUCCGCCCGCCAGUGGUCAAUCACGUGCCGGGCGUCACCAUCACCACCAGCGGCAUCUACGUCGUGCUCACCACCGACUUCGGGCUCCUUGUCAAGUUUGACGGGAACCACCACCUGGAGAUUCAGAUCCCCGGGGGUUACUUCAACCAGGUCUGCGGCAUGUGCGGGAACUUCAACAACCGGACGGACGAUGAGCUGAUGACGCCCCAGGGGACCCAGGCCCGGAACGACACGGAAUUCGGAAACAGCUGGAUGGCGGAAGGAGAUUCGGAUCCGGGGUGCCAGCCAGACAGUCGAGAGGACUUGAACGGGAGCUGCGGGGCAGCGGAGAAGGUGGAGGCGGCGGCUCGGUGCCAGGCGGCCCUUGGGGGCCCCGCUUUCUCCGCCUGCGCGGGGCUGGUGCCCGUGGAGCCCUUCCUCCGCGGCUGCGCCUUCGACCUGUGCGAGUUCGGGGGCCUGGGCAGCCUGCUCUGCGACACCCUCCAGGCCUAUGCCGCGGCCUGUACGGCCCAGGGCCUGCGCCCACCCCCCGUCUGGAGGAACGAGACUUUCUGCCCACUGCUCUGCCCAGCCAACAGCAGCUACACGCCCUGUGCCCCCACCUGUCCCCCGACCUGCCCGGAUCUGGAGGGCUCCUGCGGGGGUAUCAGAGUGGGCUCGCUGCCCUCCUGCUCCGAGGGCUGCGCCUGUGACCCGGGCUUCGUGCUCAGCGAGGACCAGUGCGUGCCCAUGAGCCAGUGUGGCUGCGUCGAUUUCCAGGGCGGAUACCAUGAGGAGGGGGAUUCGUGGCUGGUGGGCGACUGCCAAACACACUGCACCUGCACGAGCGGAUCAGUGAGCUGCCGGUCUCUCAACUGCCCCUCCGGAUCCCGGUGCCAGCUGGGCCCCAGCGGCCCCGUCUGCAAGGCCGUCUCCACCGAGCGGUGCUCCAUCUCCGGAGACCCCCACUACCGCACCUUCGACGGCUUCAGCCACCACUUCCAGGGCCGCCAGACGUACACGCUGACGCAGACGGUAGACGGUCUGCCCCGGGAGCUGGAGCCGCUGGCCGUCGAAGGCCGCAACAAGAGGCGCUCGGGCUGGACCCGCGUCUCCUUCCUCCACGAGAUGGCCGUGGCCGUCUACGGCUACAGCAUCCAGCUCCUGCCCGGACGCAAGCUGGUGGUCAGUGUCCUCGGGGGCGGUGGAGGGGGCACGGGGAGGGAGGUGAACGGGGAGAAGGUGACACCCCCUUUCCGGCCUCACGACCACCUGCACAUCUACCUGCGAGCCCGGCGCCUCUACUUAGAGACCGACUUCGGGCUGGCGGUCAGCUUCGACGGCCAGGACAGCGCAGUGAUCACCCUGCCCAGCACCUACCGCACCCUGGUCCGCGGCCUGUGUGGGAAUUUCGACGGGAACCGGAAAAACGAGUAUAUGCUACCCAGCGGGACCCUGACCCGCUCCCUCGACACCUUUGGCAACAGCUGGGAGGUCAAGGACAACAGGGCUGGGGCUCGGCGGCAGCCCAGUGACUGUCUAUUUGACCUCUGUGCGAUCCAGAGUCAGACGGAGUCCCCGGAGCUGCGCUGUCAGAGCUUCACAGUCUACGUAGCCGCCUGCCAAGCGAAGGGAAUCCCGCUCUUGGGCUGGAGACAGACCCUGAAAUGCGUCAUGUCUUGCCCAGCCAACACCGUGUACCAGGACUGCAUGACCCCAUGCUUGUCCAGCUGUGCGGAACUGGCGGCCCCCGUGGAGUGCCCGGGACCCUGCGAGGAGGGUUGCGCCAGCCUCCCGGGCCACGUCUACAGCGGCCUGGACAGCCUGCCCCUGCAGAGCUGCGGCUGCACCCGCGGUGCCCGCUACUACGAGCUGGGGGAGACCUUCGUGAACCAAGACUGCUCAGAGCGCUGCAGCUGCAUCAGCUCCGGGACCCUACGGUGCCAGCCCAUGAGCUGCGAGCCCGGGAAGAUCUGUGCCCUGGCCAACCACACCUGGGGUUGCUUCCAAAAGAGCCCCUGCCUCCAGAACCCCUGCUGGAACGACGGGCGAUGUCAGGAGAAAGGCGGUGACGACUACAUCUGCGAGUGCGAGCCCGGCUACGGUGGGCCUAAAUGCACUGAGCUUCGCGAUGACCCCAGCCCUGAAUCUGAUGAGAAUCAACUCGUGGCCAUAUUGUUAGGCAUUCUGAUCCCCGUGGCCGUGAUUGUGCUCAUCGUGAGCGGAGCCUUGAUCUACCAGAGGCAGAGGAAGAAGAAAAGCCGAAGGCUGAACAACGAAAUUACCCUGUCAAGUGAAGAUAUGAUCCCCGAGAGCACCAUGAAGAUCACCAAGUUUUAAAUUGACUCCCAGUGAACCGGGAUGCUGGCUCGUCCCAUCCUUCAGACAUCACUUGUCUCCCCCACCCUCCCCAUUUCCACAGCCACGGUCCCCUCCAGGGGGCCAAGAUAGUCUUCAUUUUGCUGAAUGUCCCCUGUUGUCUUCUCUGCACACAGUAAACGGUCAAUAAAUGCUACUGAUUGAUUAAUUGAA